AUGGGCGCAAGUCCAAGUGUGGUGGUCCGUGCACAGGAGAAAGGGUGGAUGGACGAAGCCCUGGUGCAGGAUUGGAUCACACAGGUGAUGGUGCCGUUUCUGAAGCCCCUGCGUGAGACAACCGGCCGCUGCUGGGAGGGCUUGGUUGUGCUCGACUCCUACCGCGGCCAUUUGACCGAGGCGGUCGGGCAGACCAUGCAGAUGUUUUGGCUGUCUCGUGCUGUCAUCCCAGGGGGCUACACACCGCUGAUGCAGCCUCUAGAUGUGUCGGUGAACCGCGCGUUCAAGAGUGAGGUGGAUGUCCUUGACGAUGUCAACGACCUGGUUGACGACGAAACGGUCGUCAACCGCUUCUACGCCGAAGUCCCCAUGCCGGCCGAGGAGCUGCAGGCGGCGGCACAUGAGGAGGACGCCACCGAGGAGGACGCGGAGGCGGCGGCAGAAGAGGAGGAAGGGGUCGCGCUUGAAGAAGGCGGGGAGGCAGAAGAACCCAGCGAUGACGAGUGGUGGCGCCCUGGCUGCUAUGACGGGGAAGAAUGUGACGAGUGGCAUGCUGGGGACGAUUCAGAGUGA